AUGUCGACCCAAGAGUCGCUGCACGCUGUCCACACUGAGGCUGGGAAUGAAACCGACCUUCAUAAAAAUGAUCGUGAUGUCCCAUCGGAUCUGGGAGUGGAGUCGACAAGCAGUGAUGGUCACAAUAUGAACGAAAUGUGUCAGGAAAAGUCCACCCGCGAUGAGGAACAUGAAUCAGUUAAUACCAUGGAUGCCGAAAAAAUGGACAUCCGAGGCAGUCUGCAGUUUGUUGACGAGCUCGAAGCGGACAAGUCUAGCUGUAGUAAACAAUCGACUGACCUCGGCGCUUCGAAACUGGUGAAUGAAUCAAACAUUACAGGUGACAAAGAAUGUGGUGCUAAAGUAAAAGAAGGAAACUCUGACAAUAAUGUAUCACAGGACAGUUCACAAUCUGUCUAUCAUGUGAAAUGGAUUAAAUUUAAAGAUGGAACAAUGCCAAUUGUUACACAGAAUGAAAACGGACCUUGCCCACUUCUUGCAAUAAUUAAUGUUCUUAUCUUAAAGGGUCAAAUAGUUUUACCCGAUUUAGUGGAAAUCGUCACUUCUGGUCAGUUGAUGGAAUACUUAGGAGACUGUAUGUUAGCCCAAACUCCAAAGACUGGUAUACCACCAUGGAAGACUGGUAUACCACCAUGGAAGACUGGUAUACCACCAUGGAAGACUGGUAUACCACCAUGGAAGACUGGUAUACCACCAUGGAAGACUGGUAUACCACCAUGGAAGACUGGUAUACCACCAUGGAAGACUGGUAUACCACCAUGGAAGACUGGUAUACCACCAUGGAAGACUGGUAUACCACCAUGGAAGACUGGUAUAUCACCAUGGAAGACUGGUAUAUCACCAUGGAAGACUGGUAUACCACCAUGGAAGACUGGUAUACCACCAUGGAAGACUGGUAUAUCACUAUGGAAGACUGGUAUACCAUCAUGGAAGACUAGUAUACCACCAUGGAAGACUGGUAUACCACUAUGGAAGACUGGUAUAUCAUCAUGGAAGACUGGUAUACCACCAUGGAAGACUGGUAUACCACCAUGGAAGACUGGUAUAUCACCAUGGAAGACUGGUAUACCGCCAUGGAAGAAUGGUAUACCACCAUUGAAGACUGGUAUACCACCAUGGAAGACUGGUUACUUUACCACCAUGGAAGACUGGUAUACCACCAUGGAAGAUUGGUAUACCACCAUGGAAGACUGGUUACCACCAUGGAAGACUGGUAUACCACCAUGGAAGACUGGUAUACCACCAUGGAAGACUGGUAUACCACCAUGGAAGACUGGUAUACCACCAUGGAAGACUGGUAUACAUAAGACUGAUAUACCACCAUGGAAGACUGGUAUACCACCAUGGAAGACUGGUAUACCACCAUGGAAGACUGGUAUACCACCAUGGAAGACUGGUAUACCACCAUGGAAGACUGGUAUACCACCAUGGAAGACUGGUAUACCACCAUGGAAGACUGGUAUACCACCAUGGAAGACUGGUAUACCACCAUGGAAGGCUGGUAUACCACCAUGGAAGACUGGUAUACCACCAUGGAAGACUGGUAUACCACAACAUUCUGUACAAUCUACAGCGAGUGUAGUUGCUGACUUUGAGUACACACCAGAGUGCAUCGUAUUUGACUUACUCAAUGUGCAUCUAUUCCAUGGUUGGUUGGUUGACCCUCAAAAUGUGGAGACAGUCAACGUGGUAGGAAACUAUAGUUACAACCAGCUAGUAGAGCAAAUCAUUGCCAGUAAAAGUGCCAAAAAUUCAGAUGAUAUACAUAAAGGUUUAGUUUUAGAAUCUUUCUUAGAGAGCACAGCAUCUCAGUUAACUUAUCAUGGUCUGUGUGAACUUAAUACUAAAGUUAAAGAAGAUGAACUCUGUGUGUUUUUUCGAAAUAAUCAUUUUUGCACUUUGUAUAAACAGAAGGGUGAACUGUUUUUACUAGUAACAGAUCAGGGUUUUUUAACAGAAAAUAGCAUUGUUUGGGAGACACUAGCAAACACAGAGGGUGAUAGUUACUUUGUUGACUGGGGAUUUCAUACAUGUCCGCCAGCAGAUGCCAUACCUCCGGCCGCAGAUGUCUCCACGGAACAACAAAUCAAUCAAGAUUAUUUGGUGGCUUUGUCUUUGCAAGAGGAACAUCGUCUUGUUGACGAUACUCAACCUUCUCCAGCACCUGCUGCAACUGGAGUAGCGUCCGGAGUAGCAUCCGGAGUUGAUACUCCGUCAGAUAUUCAACUAUCAGACCAUGACUUGGCAUUGCAGCUACAGGAAGAAGAAAAUCUACGAGCUGCUCAGAUCCAACAACAAUUAGAAAAUCAGCAACAACAGCAGCAACAACAACAGCAUCAGCAACAGCAACACCAAGCAAGACAACAGAGGAGACGUGAAGAA